CGCAGAAAAGACGCCCUUCAAUUGGAAUGACGAGUGGCAUCCACCUAGUUGGAAUAACCGUGGUUACCCUCGUCAACCUCCUGUGAGACACACACAUCCUGACAGAUGGACUAGAAGACCGCCACAGAAGCGACCUCUAAUGCCACCAAGAAGGUAUCCCCAUCCACAAAGACGAAAUUUUACCACUGUGGACAAGCGGGAUCCCGGUGUCAUGGAUUUGGUGUCAGAGAUCCUCCAGCAGCGCAGUAACGCUAAGCCAAAGUUUCUGGAACUUGCCGUAUUUGUGGAUGAGGCGGCUUAUAAACUGUUCAUGGACUUCACCAAGGAUGAAGCUAAGUUCUCCAAUAUCAUCUUGGGCUACAUCAACCAGGUUCAAGCACUUUAUCUCCAGCCUUCAAUGAAGGAGAAGGUGCACGUAUCACUAGUUCACAUGGAGUUACAAGAACAACAACCCAAUGACCUGCCGCAUCACGACGGUAACCGUGACAGUCUUCUGUCAUCCUUCUGUAAAUACCAGGCAUCGAGGAACCCAGGCGACGACUCUGAUCCGGGUCACUGGGAUUCGGCCCUUUAUCUCUCUGGACUGAACUUCUACGGCAUGGACGGAGGCAAAAAGAACGCCGUGACUAUGGGUCUGGCCCCCGUAGGAGGCGUCUGUCACAAGGACCACAACUGCGUCAUCACCGAGUUUGGCGGUACCACAGACACCGGGAAGCCGUACCCGUCAGCUGGAUGGACGUCAACGUUCGUUGCUGCUCACGAGAUCGGGCACAAUUUAGGAAUGCUCCACGAUGGCCCACCGAACAACGCCUGCCCGUCCGACGGCUACAUAAUGUCUCCAAGCAGAGGAACCAAGGGAGAGACCACGUGGUCUGACUGCAGUUCGGAAGUUGUCAUCAAGAUGGGCGACACAAGCUGCUUGUCGGACAAACCGAGCGGGAUACAAGACGCCCUCCAGCACGAUAAGUUCGGGAAUCUUCCAGGGCAGGAGUGGGACUCGCACGAUCAGUGCAAGAUAUUCCUGCGCGACGAGGAUGCUGCUCUCUUUAAUUCAUCCGUUAUUGGAAAGGUUUGUGAACGUGUCACCUGCAAGACACCUAACAGGAUGGGGUAUUACAAGGCGGGACCCGCACUGGAAGGAACCUUUUGUGGGGAUCAGAAGUGGUGUCGUAACGGGAAAUGCGUCACUGCUGAAGACCAAAGUCUUGUUCCGGUAGAGGGCGGCUGGAGCGACUGGUCUUACGGAACUUGCACGUCGGGUUGCAUCAGCAAUUCUAAAGGCUUCAUCAGGGACCACAGGAGUUGCGACAGUCCCCGACCGAGAAAUACAGCCUAUUAUUGCGACGGAGAUCCAUUCAGGAUUAAGCUCUGUGACGAUAACAGCUUGUGCUCCGAUCGUGAAAGUGCAGUCUCUUAUGCGAGUCGCAAGUGCGAAGAAUGGAAGAAGGUUGUCAAGGACCUGUCAUCUACUGGUACACAGGUGAAACAUAAAGAAGACCGCAAAUGGCAAGCAUGCGCAGUCUACUGCAAGUUCACCAACGGGCCCUGGUACACGCCGCGUGCUGAACUGAAUGACCUAGGAGACGCCUUCUUCCCCGACGGUACAUGGUGCCACAACGACGGCAAGAGGGACUACUACUGCCGGAACCAUGUCUGCCAACCGGAAGCACAAGGACGCUCCUUGUUCUUUCGUGAUGUAGAGGGCGGUGCGGACGUGCCUAUCCUGGGCAACGCGCAUCCGAGCGACCAGGAGCCUUCUUCGAGUGUCAGGGACUUCUUUUCUUACGACGACGACGAUACAAAGUCGGACAAUUCGUUGCCGAAAGAGGAGGCUCCUUCCGAAGAGGAGUACACAGACGACGAUUAUGUAUCUUUUGCGUGAGGUUCUUCACCGA